CAGAGAUGUGGCUGCUCACGCUAACAGGCUUUGCUGAGAAACUACUUUGUGUUUUCAGCCUCCGGCUGAUGUCUCUGUGGAAGAUCCUGAUACAUUUGUACUCCUCAUCUGGGACACUGCUAAGGUCUGCAGGUGGCAAAACGAGCAGUCCACCCAGGGAGAAGAAAGAAAGAACAAGAGAAGAGAGUGAAGGAGCUGAAGAUGCAUCAGGGGUCUCCGUUAACCCUGUCAGUGUCAACUACCAUUUCACUCGCCAGUGUAACUACAAAUGUGGUUUCUGCUUCCACACUGCUAAAACAUCAUUUGUGCUUCCCCUGGAGGAAGCCAAGAGAGGUCUCCUUAUGCUUAAAGAAGCAGGUAUGGAGAAGAUUAACUUUUCAGGAGGAGAGCCAUUUCUACAUGACAGGGGAGAAUUCCUAGGCAAGUUGGUGAAAUUCUGCAAAAAAGAACUAAAACUCCCCAGUGUCAGUAUCGUUAGUAAUGGGAGCCUAAUCAGAGAGAAAUGGUUCAAGGAUUAUGGUGAAUACCUAGACAUUCUUGCUAUUUCAUGUGAUAGUUUUGAAGAGCAAAUCAAUGCACUAAUUGGACGUGGACAAGGGAAGAAGAAUCACGUGGACAACCUGUGGAAGCUGAGGAGGUGGUGUGCAGAUUAUAGGGUUGCUUUCAAAAUCAAUUCUGUUAUUAACAGAUUUAACAUGGAAGAAGACAUGAAUGAGCAGAUUCAAUCCUUAAACCCUGUUCGCUGGAAAGUGUUCCAGUGCCUAAUCAUUGAGGGUGAGAAUGCUGGGGAAGAUGCCCUGAGAGAAGCAGAACGAUUUGUUAUUAGCGAUGAGGACUUUGAAAAAUUCCUAGACCGGCAUAAAGGCGUCUCCUGCUUGGUACCUGAAUCUAAUAAAAAGAUGAAAGAUUCUUACCUUAUUCUGGAUGAAUAUAUGCGCUUUCUGGAUUGUACAAGGGGCCGAAAGGAUCCUUCUAAAUCAAUUCUGGAUGUGGGAGUAGAAGAGGCCAUAAAAUUCAGUGGCUUUGAUGAAAAAAUGUUUCUGAAGCGAGGAGGGAAGUAUGUAUGGAGUAAAGCAGACCUUAAACUGGAUUGGUGAAGAUCAUGAAAACAUUGAUACACGAGAAAAAGGAAUGCUUAAGAUGGUCAUCUUUUUCAACAUUGUAAUCCUGUUUCUAAAUUGCAUCUGAACAACAUCAUUUUUUUUAAUCGUGCAGACUCUCCAUAGGAUUUUAGACCUCACAGGUCGUCUUUUCUAGCACCUUCAUUUUACAAAGGAGGAAACCAGCAACUACAGACAUUGCAGGAUGGUGCAUGUUAAAGAGACAAAUAGGAAAGUUUAACAAGACUUAAAUGCCUCUUGCAGUUCCCAGUAUGAUCACUAGGGGGCACAGGGCUGUUAUGGAAUACUCUCCACGGUAGAAAGUCAGGUCAAACUUUGUAGGCUUUUGCUUGGAGGUAGCAAUGACAGUCAGAAAAAAAAUGGGUAAAACUAUACCCAUGUUUGUUCAGAAUGAUUUUCUAAGAAUAGCAUAGCCACUGUAAUGAAAAUAAUGCCCUGUUAUUUGGUUGAAUUGAUCUUUCCAACAGAUGGGAAAGAAAGUUUGUAUGCAUGUGUUUUGUUUUGUUUUUUUAAUUGUUUUUCCCACCCUGGUUAAGUUUUGUCUAGGGCAUUAGACUUGUAAUCAGGAAAAUUUUGGUUUGAAUCGUUUCUAAAUGGUCCUUUCCAGUUUUAAGUAUAUAGUGCUAUGAUCUCUCCAACAACCUAGUUUACCCCUCACUUAUUCAAAAUCUGGCCUACUAUUUUAAAGCGUUCAUUCAUUCAUUUAAUAAACAUUUCUUAAUUACCUACUAUGUGCUAGG